AGUGUAACGGUGCAGCUCGAUGGAGGGCGCUUUAUCUCCCGUGUUUUAACACCAAAUUGGCUUCAGCGCUGCGAGUGUGUGGACUGCUGAGAUUUAAAACUGCUGACUACUGAAACACUGCAGCAUGGCAGCCGAGCUCUCCACCUCCAUAAACAUCAAAGAGCCUCGCUGGGAUCAGGGCACCUUCAUGGGCAGAGCUAAACAUUUCUUCACCGUCACAGACCCACGCAACGUUCUGCUGUCUAACGAGCAGCUUGAGAAUGCACGCAGGAUCAUUCAGGAUUACAGACAGGGUGUGGUGACUCCAGGUCUGACAGAAGAUGAGCUUUGGAGAGCCAAAUACAUUUUCGACUCUGCGUUUCAUCCAGACACGGGGGAAAAAAUGCUGCUGAUUGGACGCAUGUCCGCUCAGGUGCCCAUGAAUAUGACCAUCACCGGCUGCAUGAUGACCUUCUACAGGACGACCCCAGCAGUACUCUUCUGGCAGUGGAUCAAUCAGUCCUUCAACGCAAUAGUCAACUACACCAACCGUAGUGGUGACGCUCCCAUUACAGUAAAUCAGCUUGGCACGGCGUACGUAUCGGCCACAACAGGUGCUGUGGCCACGGCUUUAGGACUCAACUCGCUAGCAAAGCACGUCUCACCACUCCUAGGACGCUUCGUGCCGUUUGCCGCCGUAGCCGCUGCUAACUGUAUCAACAUUCCACUGAUGAGGCAAAGAGAGCUGAAGCAUGGCAUUCCAGUGUUGGAUGAGAAUGGGAAUCGGUUAGGGGAGUCUUCGAAAGCGGCGCAGCAAGCGAUCUCACAAGUGGUGAUCUCCAGAAUCCUCAUGGCUUCUCCUGGCAUGGCAAUUCCGCCGUUUUUAAUGAACUCCCUUGAAAAGAAAGCGUUCCUGAAGAGGUUCCCGUGGAUGAGUGCACCCAUUCAGGUCGGCCUGGUGGGAUUCUGCUUGGUCUUCGCUACUCCGCUGUGCUGUGCGCUGUUCCCACAGAAGAGCUCCAUGGCUGUGAGCCGCCUGGAGCCUGAGCUUCAGGAGAAGAUCCGCUCCAGUCACCCAGGAGUGGAGAGAGUUUACUUCAACAAAGGAUUAUGAGAAGAAAAAUACCUCAUCUCCCUCUCAUCAAACAUGGCCAUUAAAACCCCGCUCGUCUCAUCGUGUUUUUACAACGUGCCAAAGUUCCGCUCCUCUGUCCCUCCUGUCUGUCCUCGAGGAUGUCCCCGACUCAGCUGUUUUGUAAGAUGUGGUUCAUAGUGACUGGUUUUUAAUCAGGGGAAUAUUUUGGAUGGUGCAGUUAUGUGCUAGUGUUAGAAAAGAAAGACUAUAUGUCUGAAAUGGUGCUCUUUCUGAUUGGCUAUGUUCUUUAUUUAAUUUAUUAUUUCUGAAUUACAGUGCAGUCUAUCAGUACAUACAAUUCAUUUCAGUUUUUUUUCACAUUACAUUUUUACAUUACAUCAGAUUGGAUUUGAAAUUAAACAAAACAUCAGAAUUAUGCUAGCUUUAAAUCCAGCUGCUUGGCAUCAUAGCUUUUUUCUACACCAUUUCUGGGACCAAAACUAAUUUCGAUCAUUGACGUAUCUGGAAAUCAAACAUCACGAUACUUUCGAUAGGGUCGAUGACUGCGCUGUAAUUCUGUUUACUGCCAAACCAAAACCAAACCAUCUCCAUGUGCCAUCUGUAAUAAGGAACAAAUGUGCAGGUGUAUUUUCUGUUAGUGUUUUUAUUGAGUGAUUAGUAAUUUCGAUGUUCAUGUCUGAAUGAAAGCUGCUUUUGACUUUUAAUUGCCAAAAAAAGGGGGAAAAGAAUUAAAAGUUAACUUUAAAGGUACACUGAGUACGAGUUUCACAGUAUUAAUAAAAAGAAGUACUAAUAACAUUAGUAAUAAUAUGUACAACUUUGUAGUCAGUUAAUUAUAAUAUAAUAUUAUUUAAAUUCGGUCAGAAGGUGUAGAAUAAAAGUAAAAGCUAAAAUUAUAUUGAUAAAAAAAUUUAAUUAAUGGAAUAUGAUGCAAACAAGUGAAAUGUGAAAGAUAUGUUUAUUUUCUCUCUCAACUUCACAUUCGAAAUCUUUUUCUCUCUUUUAUUUUGUUUCUUUUUAGAACCCCAGGGUUUUAUCGGAAAGGCUCAUGUUUGCCUUGAAUAAUAAUAAUAAUAAUAAUAAUAAUAAUAAUAAUAAUAACUCCAUCCAGGGUGUAUGCUGUCUUGAUGCCCGAUGAUGCCUGAGAGGUAGUUCGGAUAGUGAGUGAGAGAGUGAGAAUAAUAAUAAUAAUAAUAAUAAUAAUAAUAAUAAUAAUAAUAAUAAUAAUAAUAAUAAUAAUUGAUUUACAAGCCAUAUUAUGAGACUCCUGCUUUGUGUACCUUUAAUGAACAAUCACGUGACCUCUUUUAACAGUGCAAUUGAUUUAAAACGCUGCCAAAUGAGUACUUCAGAAGAACUGAGCUGUACAUUCAUGGACAAAAAAAAAAGAGAUCAAUAAAGUGUUACAGACUGUAAA